AUGGAUUGUAAUGGCGUGUCUUGGAGUUUCUAUUUACCCAUUAAAAUGUGUCGACGCUAUUUGGCCUAUGCAGGACUUUUAAUCUGCUGUCUUGUUGAAGAACAUCAAGCACCAACACCAAAAAGUUCAAUUUUUGCUUCGGAAAUCCGGAGGAAUAUCUUUCAAAAAUGGCUACAGCAUCUACAUGAGGAACGUUCAUAUGACACCAUACUUAUAGCGUAUAAUGAUACUCGAGUGGAUAGCAGAUUGCAGAGCCUUUUGCAAUAUGCCUGGCCCAAGGUUUUGCUAACACCUGGCCAAAGAUUCGAUUACAAAGAGAGAUAUAAUUCGGAAAUUCUGGUGAUUAUCACAAUGUCAAACAAAAUUGAUGAACCCCUAAUGGAGGCCACAGCGGGAACUUUGAAUUUUGUGCGAGGUGCCAGAGUUUUAAUGCUGGCCUUGAAUAUAAAGGACGAAGAGUCCUUUAAGAAUGCCUCAAAGGCAUUAUGUCAAAAAUACAAAAUGACCAAUGUGCUUUUGAAAUUUCACCAUAAGCUAACAGAGGAGUUGUUAAGUGAUUACUAUCAGCUCAUGCCUUAUCCGCAAUAUCAUUGGCUAAUGCAAACCAUCGAACAAAAGUCAGAAGUUUAUUUUCCAGUGCAUUGGCGCAAUAUGCAAAAGGGUAUCGUUGUCACACAAACCGACCAAGUCUCUCCGCGCAGUUUAUUUUUUCUGGAUUCCCAGGGAAAUUUGAAAAUGAAUGGUUAUGUGGCCCGCUUUGUUUUACUCUUCGCCGAACACUUUAAUGCCACUCUUCAAUGGUAUAAACCUUUAAAAGUGGGAGAAGUCAUCCAUUUUAUGUUGGUCAAUAAAUUGGUCGAUGACAAUCUGGUAGAUAUACCCAUGGCAUUGAUGAUAUCGGAAGCUAGUAGCGAAUGGGCAUAUCGUUCGUAUGUCUAUCAAAUUGAGGAUGGCAGGCUGAUGGUACCCUGUGCCCAGCAGUUUUCGCUCAAAGAGGUUUUCAGUGUUCUAUUGGAUGUGCGUUUCUUUGGCUUGGUCAUCUUCUGCACAGUGUUCUUCUCCCUUCUACACUCUCUCAUAGACUACAUGUUUGAUGGCAUAAGGCAGCCGGUGAAUGCCCUGCUCAGCGAUAGAGUGUUUCCUGCGGUUUUGGGCCUGUCUUUUGUAGCUCGCAACGCACCAUGGCGAGUUCUGAAGCUGGUCUAUAUAAUACUCUCCUUUUUGGGCAUCAAUACCACCUGCCAAUUUUCAGCAACCAUGAACUCGCUAUUCACCAGUCAUCCCUAUCAUCGACAAAUCGAAACACUGGCCGACAUACGUGAUUCACCCUUGAAAAUUAAUAUCCUAAAAGGCGAUCUAAAUCUUAUGGGAGGCACUUUGCUGGACAUAUUUAGAUCCCUGAUAACCACUGAGAAUGUUACCCAAUAUGCAGAAAUGCGAGAUAGUUUAAAUGCCUCCACCGGCUAUUAUGCCAAUUUAGGCUCCUGGAGACUGUUGAACCUAAAGCAACAGCUGUUUACCCAAAAGGUCUACUGUUCCUAUGACAAUUUGACGGUUUUUCGCAUAAUGCCUUGGACAUUUCAACUGCAACAGCAUUCGCAGUAUAAGGAAGCCAUGGAUUAUCUCAUACAUCAGGUGCAUGCCAUGGGUCUGGUGGAUGCUUGGUAUGCGAGCACCUUUUCUGAUUUGGUGAAAUUAAAGCAAAUCUCUCUGCUGGAUCCAAAUCCCAGGCAAGACGUUAAGCCUAUGACUACCGGUGAUCUGUAUUGGGCCUGGCUGAUAUUGGUAAUGGGAAUGAGUAUUAGCGCAAUGGUUUUCAUUGCAGAACGUUGGUAUUAUCAGCGGAUAAGGUACUUAGAAUAA